AUGCUGCUUGGAAAGCGUCCUCGCCCACCGAUUAUGAAAAGAACUACCAGCAUGAGUGGUGGCAUGGCCGUCGAAUCGCCAACAACCAACGAGGAACUCGUGUCUGAUAACACUCACCAUGAUCAUGAGCCUAACAUCAAACCCGAUCCACUUUUUGUUGCCAUGGGAACACAUAAUGAAUUGGUGCCUGACCUCACAAAAAAUGUUUUUGAGGCCAAAGGGUCAUCGUAUGAAGAAUAUGGGGAACGUUUGAUGGGUAUGGGCAUGGUCAUACCCCUUUCUCCGACAACCUCAAAUAACCCUCGUCUCAGUCACAACCAUACAACAAACACUAACAUAAACACUUCUCACUUUCUUCGCACUUGUGGCCUCUGCAAGUGUCGCUUGGCACCUGGUCGAGACAUCUAUAUGUAUAGGGGGGAUACGGCAUUUUGCAGUUUGGAGUGUAGGGAGAAGCAGAUGAAGCAAGAUCAGCGAAAGGAAAAGUGUAAGGCAGGGUCUAACAAGGAGCACCACCGUGCAUCACCACCUGGCAAGGCUUCUACCAAAAGCGAAACGGCUGCGUGUAAUUGA